UUUCGGCCGCCUCAAUUCCUCUUCACCAGCGUCCAGAGAUAGUUUCGUGCUAUGCGCAUCGUCCUGGAUAUUACAUUCCGGUAAUCUUCGUAAUUUUUCUUCGAAAUUGGUGGAUGGUGUGGUCUCAAUGUCGAGCCAGACUGCCAGGCCCUUGAAUUGGCUUUCUGGUUCUAGCUCUGGUUCUGGACGACAACCAUUUGGAUCCUUCUUAUAUUCUAACUGCCAAUAAGGGCGCUGUAAACUAGCAAAGCCUCUCGACGCCCACAAAUACAAUUUUGAAGCUUUUCCUUCGCGCUCUUGCGACCUUCCGGUUUCUGCUAGGCUAGCCGUCGCCGAGGACGACGUUUACUUAAAAUAAUGUCGUUAAAUGGGUUGGAAGAUGCGAAAGUCAUAGAAGCUCAUAGGGUGGCUGCAAUCGAGGCUGGUGGAUGGUUUCUUCUUAAGUACUCCAAUCGCGAUGAAGUGGAGCUUCUAAGUCGUGGGAAUGGCGGUAUCGUCGAUAUACGCGGCGCAAUUGCGAAAUACGAAGAGACGUCGCCACUCUUUGGCUUUUUGAGAUAUAGGCGGAGGAAUGUUAUAUUGAAAUACGAGCCUGAUGAUUGCUCGAGGCUUGUAAAAGCUCGCGCUGCUGUACAUUUCAAUGCAGUUUGUGAACGAUUUGCGCCAUGCGAUACCACUUUCGAGAUUUCGACAGCCAAAGAUCUGAAGGAUAGCAAGCUCUCUGCAGCUUGUUCGUUACACGCUGCAUCGGGAUCAGCGUCAUCAUCUUCGAGUUCGUUGCGCCGGCGGAGAUUGAAUGAGAUUGCUGAGGAGGAGGAAGAAGAGGAAAGAGAAAGAAAAAGACAAUCUACUGUCAAAGAAGAAGAUAGACGCGCAUCGUCCAUUUACUCGGCACACGCUCGCCCGACAUCACCUGAAAGACCUGCAAUACUUGACCGCAAACAAAUUUCUGAUCCUCAAGAGACGAAUUUUGCCUCGACAACAAAUGUCCCAGAAUUUACGGGAGCCGAUAGACCAACAUCACCUACUAAAUCCGAGACUGCUCCUCGUUUAUCUUCGCAAUCUACACGUCCCGAUCCAUACAGUUACUCAACACACGCGUAUGGCAAGCCAAAAGUGAAACUUGGACCACGACCAUCUUUAGAUGUCAGUAACAGACCUUCAACAGCAGGAAAUUUUCGGCCCAUUGCAGCUCUCCCAGCAGGCUUCAAAUUUUUCUCAAAGGGAGGCAAAAAAGGACAUUCUCAAGAUUCUGAACACGCCGACAAGGUUGAGGAUAUGGCACCAAUCCCUCCUAAGCCAUCUGUACCUAUCCCCGAAGUGCCUCAGGACAAUGACAACCAGCUUCCACAGCGGCCUGCGACGAGUUCGGGAGCUUCUAUGAAGUCAACCAACCACUCGUUGGCUCCAACGAAAGAGGUGAAGAUGACGCCCGAGAAGGCAAGGCUUAUGAAGGCUAUGAAAUUAAGGGAGAAGAAAAAGAUGAUGAAUUCCAUGACAGCUGAACAGACCGAGGUCAUGGAUAAGAAUGUAGAUAAGGAAGAGGACGAUACGGAUGCCAAGGAUUCCCUAAGAAUUAAGGAUGCUGGUCACCGCACAGUGUCCCAUGCCGAUUCUGGUAUUGCCAUCGACCCGCCCACUCCAAUGACGAUCAACACUGAAGACACGUCAGAUUCCCACCCAAACUCACCGACAGCCGCAACAUUAUCAGAAAUAGGGGCAUCUACAAAAGCAUCAUCCUUGUCUGAAUCAACCGACGAGACUGUACAAGUGACGAAAGACACUGGUGAAGACGUUGAAUCAACGACGUUCCAAGAGGUUCAUAUAAACAUUUCUGAUUCGGGACAUGCUACGGGGACUACGCAAGAUAAAGAAUCACGGGCUGUGACGCAGGAGACUGAUGUCUCGGACAUGGGAAUUGUCGAGACUGAGGAAUCUAGCCAAAUUCCAGUAUCCAACAAUCCUUUACAAACGAGAGAACCAGCGAUCCGAGAAUCUAUAGAGGUGGACGAGCCAAUCAAAAUUUCCUUGUCGACCCAAGGAAACGACACACGGCAAUCUCCGAAGGAAGAAGACGCGCCUAAGUCGCCUUGGGGACUGCCCGUCUCGAAGUUCUCUUCCAACGAAUCUCGAACUCCUACCUCGCCAACCACCAACAGCCUUAAGUCAAAGUUCUCUAUACCGGAGAUUUCUCUUCCAAUUGAUUGUGAUUCUGUCCCCGAUCUCCCAAACAGGUCUGAAGCUCGCUCGACGUCGACGAACUCCCGAGAACGAACCGGACUCGACUCGUCACCCAACACGAACGCAGAGGUCGACCUUCCUGUCGAGAAGAACGCGAGACGCAAGGCUUCUGUCGGACCAAUUCGAACCGAUCUGUCGAAGACCACACCGCGUUCUGAAGUAUCCGAUCCUCUUCUCGACGAUGAUCUAAUGGACGAGCUUCAAUCGGCAACGGUUCAAGAGGCCAAACCUAUCUCCGUCUCGAAAUCACCCAUUACUCCCGUCUUCCCUAAUAACAACCUGCUUGGCCAAGCUCCGAAGUUAGCUCGUACGGUCUCGAACCCGAUGCGUGGGCCUCUUCUCGCGCCUAGCGAUGUGUCACAAGUAAGCGCAAGAAGUGUCUCGGCCGGCGGUGCCGCUUUCCUACAUUCAAUUACCCGACAGGCUUCUAACGCUGGUUUACAAUCAAAGAAGAACAAUAUUGGGUCAAGUAUCUCGCAAAGAAUCAAGGCUUUAGAGAAGCUCUCAAGUGGUGGCCCUGUAGAAGAUGCCCGCCCCCGAACAGCAACGCCGUCCUCCCAAUUCUUUCAUGCCCGUAGACAGAGUAUAAAAGAACCGGUGAGGUCCCAAUCUGUGGCAGACCGUACGGAUUCCUUAGCACGACAUGCACCUACACCCGAGCGAUCUCGAGAAGUGACCCCCGAGACCCCCGGCCAAGAGCGUCGCGAGAGAUCUUUGUCAGUCGCUAGCAGACUUAGCGUGUUCGAACCGACAACCUCGCCCCGCGGACGCCCCGAAUCCAUACAGGUUACUGCAAGAAUCAUUCGUGAUCCUAGCCAAAAUCUACUGAAGAAGGCCGAAACGAAUACGAGCCUCGGCGAGUACCCCCAACUUGACUUGAAGCAAUCGCCCCUGGUCGUCGAUCUGCAGCGAGCAGAAUCACAACCCUUCCCUAGACCACAACCAACCCCGUUAGCGACACCACCCAAGGAGACAAUUAAAGAGAGGCGGGAUAAGAGUUCAGAUGAUGCCGAGAAGAAGAAACGACGACGUUCUUCCUUGAGUAUAGUUAAGGAAUUUAUGAAGGAUCGCCGGGCGUCUAUUGUUAGCAAGUCAACUGAUAAUCUGUCAAUACUAUCACCGAAUGACGCGAAGUCUCCAAACAGGCCUCCCUCGGCUCACCAUAAUUCCGGCGGUUUCGCACGACGCUUGUCGAUUUCAAGCCGUCGUUCCUCAAUCUCUCGUGAGCGAGACAAUGCGGCAUCUACACCUCUGGGAUCCCCGGCUGUACUAAGCGACAGCGGCUCGGAGACUGAGAAGAGCGAUAAGAAGAAGAACCGAGCGUCUCGAUUUAUGAGGCGCCUAUCGAAUUCGCUUAAUGGUAGCCGCAAGAAUACGAGUCCACACAUAUCUCCGACCGUCACUGAAGAAGAUGCCGACCAGGUCGCCGCCGCCACUGCUACUACAACCGCUGCCGCCGCUGCUUCUACGACCGAUGUAUCUACGUCUUCUCAACCAGCCGUUGUGGCGUACAUGGGAGAUGUGAACGUGCAGUUCCCCGACAACCUCUUGUGGAAGCGCCGUAGUAUGUGUCUAGAUACUCAGGGUUUCCUUUUCCUAAGCGCGGUCCAAGGUGUUGCUACCGCUGGAAGGGACAAGGCCGGUCUGAAGCGUUAUCAUAUGAGUGAUUUCCGCGCGCCCUGCAUUCCCGAUGUCGAGAUCCAGGAGUUGCCCAACAGCGUCGUCUUAGAUCUUUUGGAGGGUUCUUGUCUUCAAAUUGCCUGCGAAGACAGAGCUGGCCAGCUGAAUGUAUUACAUGCUCUGCAAGACGCACACCAAAGCCACAGCUCCUUCGGACAAUAGGCUCGAAGUCGUUUUUAUUACUGCGAUCGACCCGCUUCCCAUUCCCAAAAUUUCCUUUGAUUACGACAGAUACCCCAUCCUCUUUUCACCAACAGUGUCGAUAAAAACGCAUCAUCUGCAUUUCCUUUUGUGCCCCCGGGUUUUUACAGUCAGACGACGCCCCUUUCAUUCCGGCAGCCAUUGCCGUGACUAUUUUCGCAUUUCAUGAAGUCCUAU